ACACGAUGCGACCUCUCCUGGUGCUGUGCCUGGCGGCGGCGGCCGGCGCCGCGUCCGACUGGACCAAGCUGCCCCAGAGGAACGUCUUCCGCGUGCUGCGCGAUGACUGGACCGGGCUCGCACCGCGCAGUGAGUCGCCGCUGCGCCCGGCACCGCCCGGCCUGCGGCCCGCCUCGGACCGCGCCAACGUUUCUAUCUGCGACGUGGAGACCCUGUCAGACGGCAGCGGCGCGGUGACGUCGCCCGGAUACCCGGAUGACUACCCGGCGCGGGCCUCUUGCGAGCUGUCACUGCAGGCGCCCGAGGGUGGCAGCGUCAGUCUCACCUGCUUCAGCUUUCACACGCAGGGCUGUCGGCGCCGCUACACAGACUUCCUGCUGGUCAACUUGGACGGCGAAUGGAGCGAAGACGAGACAUUCGUGGUGUGCGGCAAUAUGCGCCGCUCGGUGCCAUUCAGCGUCUCCUCCACCGGCUCCGUGCUGAACCUCUACUUCCGGUCGAACCGUCGCCGACAGUUCCCCGGCUUCUACUGCGAGUACCAGAUCUCCGGCGGCGGCGGCAGCUCCAGCUCUGUGGGCAGCUCUGUGGGCAGCUCCGUGGGCAGCUCCGUAGGCAGCUCCGGCGGCUCUGGCGGCUCCGGCGGCUCUGGUGGCGGCGGUUCCGGCAGCUCCGGUGGCGGCGGAGGCUCCAGCGACGGCACGUGCGGCAUCUCAUCGGCCAGCGGCGGCCGCAUUACAGGAGGCCAGCGUGCGGAGAUCGAGGAGUACCCGUGGAUGGCGGCGCUGCAACUCUGCCAGGGUAACAGCUGCUGGUUCUGUGGCGGCUCGCUUAUCUCUGACCGCUGGGUUCUGACAGCGGCACACUGCACGGACGGCGCUACUUCCGUCAAUGUCCGGCUUGGUGGCACGCUCGUCAACUCCCCCAGCCUGACCGUUACCUCCACCGUGCUGCACACCCACCCCAGGUACAGCUCGAGCAGCCUCACUAACGACAUCGGCUUGAUCCAGCUGCCGAGUGCCGUCACCUUCUCGGACCAGAUCCGGCCGGUGUGUCUGCCCCGCCAGUCUCUACACGGCAGCCAGAGCUUCGCCGGCCAGCAGGGGCAGGUGUCAGGCUGGGGCCGCUACUCUGACUCCGUCAACUCCAUCAGCAGCUACCUGCGCGACGUCACCGUGCCCAUCAUCGCCAACAGCGCCUGCGCGUGGCGGCCGCCGAGCACGCAGCUGUGCGUCAGCACCACGGGAGGCACCAGCUCCUGCAACGGCGACUCUGGCGGACCGCUUCAGAUCCAGCAAGCCGACGGCUCCUUCCUGGAGGUGGGCAUCGUCAGCUACGGCUCGGCCCAGGGCUGCGAGGCGGGCGUGCCGGCCGUCUUCACCCGCGUCACCGAGUACCUGGACUACAUCACGCAGAACACUGGCAUCGAUCUAAGUUAGAGCCGCCGAUCUGCUAUGGCGCCGCCGGCCCCGGGAUGAACUGGAACCAGCGGCACAACACCGGGAUCCAGCCACCAGCGGCCGGCAGGGCAGAGUGGGCCGGCGCUCGGCUCUGUCCCGUCGGGCUCUGGGCUUGCCAUGUCUCCCCCUCCCCGCAAUGGGACUAGUGUCAGAACAAGUUCUCUUCAGCACGUAUUUUUCUCCAAAACUCGGUACCCACCGUUUGAUGUGGACUUCCAUGCACAGCGACGCGUUGCAAUAUUGAAUACAGAUUUGAAACCUUCGGACGACUAAAAGGCAUGCCUAUCCCUGCAAUCAGGGGAAAAGCCUGCUACAACAAUACAAUCAUGCUACAAUCUAGCCUAUCAUGAUAUAAACGCUGACGGCAGCAUGUGUGUGAUUGCUCGGUAGGCCGACCUCAAAGCCUCGAAUCAUGGAACAUCUGGUUCAUGGCAUCGACGGCUCGUCAGCUUGUUCUCGUGUGGUCUCUGUCUGCUGUGGUCUUAUCUGAUGUUAUGCGCUGAAAAUAAAUGUAUUUGGCAUUGCAA